UAUUAUGCGGCAUCUGCAUUUGAAUAUUGUUUGAUCUACCUCCUGUUAAGAAGCUGUCUGUGCAGGCUUUUAGAUUCCUCCUCUCUCUUCCAGUCUUUCUAGCUCAUUCAGGUUCUCCUGUGUCAGUUGUCUGUAUGAUCUGCACUGUCAGCAUAAAGAGAAUGGUGGCCAUAUAAAUGCCUCACCUGGUUUCUUAGCUUAGCCCAGAGUGCUGGAAUGGCCUCCUUGCUACCUAAAUACACCUCUCUUUCCCACGCCAAGCAACUCCAAGCCCACCUCAUAACCACUGGCCAAUUUCAGUUUCGAAUCUGUCCUUCUCGCUCCAAGCUCCUCGAACUCUAUACUCUGUCUUUCGACAGCCUCUCGUUUGCCAUUCAUACUUUCUGCCAGAUCCUUACCCCCUCCACCAAUGACUGGAACGCCAUCCUCCGUGGCCUCAUCGGAAGCCCCGCCCCCACAGAUGCCUUUCUUUGGUACAAAACCAUGAUUCGUGGAUCCUACAGAGUUGAUGCCCUGACCUGCUCUUUUGUUUUAAAAGCCUGUGCUCGCGUUUUAGCUUUUUCUGAGUCUAUACAGUUGCAUUCCCAUAUUGUGCGUAAAGGGUUCUUGGCUGAUGCUUUGUUGGGUACUACAUUGGUAGAUUUGUAUGCAAAAGUUGGCGAUCUCGAUAGUGCAGAGAGGGUGUUUGAUGAAAUGGUGAAGAGAGAUAUUGCUUCGUGGAAUGCAUUGAUUUCUGGCUUUGCUCAAGGAAGUAAGCCUACUGAAGCUUUGGCUUUGUUUAAGAGAAUGGAAAUUGUGGGGUUUAAGCCUAACGAAAUUACAGUUCUUGGCGCUCUCUCCGCAUGCUCGCAAUUGGGAGCUUUUAAAGAAGGUGAAAAGAUUCGCGCAUACAUUAGAGAGGAAAGGUUAGAUAUGAAUGUGCAAGUUUGUAAUGCAGUUAUCGACAUGUAUGCCAAAUGUGGCUUUGCGGAUAAGGCAUACUUGGUUUUUGAGAGUAUGAGUUGUAAGAAGAGUCUUGUUACUUGGAAUACAAUGAUCAUGGCAUUUGCAAUGCAUGGUGAUGGGUGUAAAGCUCUUGAGCUAUUUGAGCAAAUGGGUCAGGCUGAGGUUGACCCCGAUGCUGUAUCUUAUCUUGCACUGCUAUGCGCUUGUAACCAUGCGGGUUUAGUGGAAGAAGGCUAUGGGUUGUUUAAUUCAAUGGAGAAGAGUGGAGUUACACCUAAUGUUAAGCACUAUGGGAGUGUGGUUGAUUUGUUGGGCCGAGCUGGGCGGCUUCAGGAGGCUUAUGAUGUUAUAAAUUCUAUGCCAAUGGUGCCUGAUUUGGUACUUUGGCAGACUUUGCUUGGUGCUUGCAGGACUUAUGCUAAUGUAGAAAUGGCAGAACUUGUUUCACAGAAGCUGGUGGAGAUGGGGUCUAACACUGAUGGGGAUUUUGUUUUGUUGUCCAAUGUCUAUGCAGCACAGAAGAGGUGGGCUGAUGUGGGGAGGGUAAGGAACGCCAUGAAGAGUAGGGAUGUAAAGAAGGUGCCUGGAUUUAGCUAUGUUGAAGAAAAGGGUGUGAUUCACAAAUUUUGCAAUGGUGAUAAGAGUCAUGAAAGUUGGAGAGAAAUUUAUGCUAAGUUGGAUGAGAUUAGGUUCAGGAUUAAGGAAUAUGGGUAUUUGGCUGAGACCAGUUUUGUACUGCAUGAUAUAGGAGAGGAAGAGAAGGAGAACGCAUUGUAUCAUCACAGUGAGAAGCUGGCUGUUGCUUUUGUUCUGAUUAGCACUAGCACUGGGACGCCAAUUCAUGUGAUUAAGAACCUUAGGAUAUGUGGGGAUUGUCAUGCGAUGAUCAAGCUCAUAUCAAAGAUAUAUGAUCGAGAAAUUAUUGUGAGGGAUCGAUUAAGAUUUCACAGGUUCAAACAAGGUUCUUGUUCUUGCAGAGAUUAUUGGUGAAAUUUAUUUAUUUUUUUAAUAUAUUUUUUAAAAUU